AUGAAGAAGAUAGUUGUGACCGGUGCAUCUGGUUUCGUAGGCGGGGUACUGUGCCACACCCUCCUUAAACAGGGCCACUCCGUCCGGGCCUUAGUCCGCCGAACCAGCGACUUGUCCGGCCUCCCUUCGCCCUCUACGGGGGAGAACUUUGAACUCGCCUAUGGUGACGUUACCGACUAUCGGUCACUCCUGGAUGCCAUCUUCGGCUGCGACGUGAUCUUCCAUGCUGCCGCCGCUGUCGAGCCCUGGCUUCCAGAUCCUUCUAAAUUCUUCUCCGUGAACGUAGGAGGAUUAAAGAAUGUGGUGCAAGCAGCUAAAGAGACAAAAAUGAUAGAGAAGAUUAUAUACACUUCUUCAAUGGUGGCCCUUGGAUCAACUGAUGGAUAUGUUGCUGAUGAGAGCCAAGUACAUCACGAGAAGUAUUUCUAUACAGAGUAUGAGAGAUCAAAGGUAGCAGCUGACAAGGUUGCUUCACAAGCAGCAGCAGAAGGAUUGCCAAUUGUGACCCUUUAUCCUGGUGUUGUUUAUGGUCCAGGGAAACUCACAACUGGCAACGCUCUGGCUAAAAUGUUGAUUGAUCGAUUCGCUGGACGUUUACCGGGAUAUAUAGGGCGUGGAAAUGAUAGGCUUUCCUUUUGUCACGUUGAUGAUGUAGUUGGAGGUCAUAUUGCAGCAAUGGACAAAGGUCGACUGGGUGAAAGAUAUCUACUCACAGGAGAAAAUGCAUCGUUCUCACGUGUGCUUGAUAUAGCCGCUAUCAUCACUAGAACAGAAAAGCCAAGGUUUAGCAUUCCUUUAUGGGUAAUUGAAGCUUACGGAUGGCUGUCGAUUCUUAUUUUUCACUUUACAGGAAAGCUUCCACUUUUAUGUCCACCGAGUGUGCAUGUUCUGCGACACCAGUGGGAAUAUUCUUGCGAGAAAGCCAGAAUAGAGCUGGAUUACAAUCCCCGAAGCUUGAAAGAAGGACUAGAUGAGUUGCUACCGUGGUUGAAAAGCUUAGGGGCGAUAACAUACUGAGUUGGGUUGCGGAGUCAAGCUGUGCCCCUAUCUUAUUUGUUAGAUUACUUGUUUAAUAUCAAAUUCCCCGCUUCAUUUUUAAAUCACUUCUUCCAAGCGUAUUUUGAGUUGUGACGAUAAAUCUAUUAUCUGUUCAAGAAAGGAUCAAUGCAUUAGAAAUGCAGCUCAAUUACAACAUCCCCUGACGAUUAAAUCCA